UUGAAUUGACGAUUGCCGUCCGACGUGCACUGUUUGCGGCAUUCUUUCUCGCCUCUCUCGACGACAUCGCGCGAUUUGGCCGAUCUUCUCGCGAGCUCGUAGGCAUAACGUUCUCAUGCGCGCGUACAUUGAGAGAAAAGUGUUCUUCCCGACGAGGGCUAACGUCACCUAAACGAAGCGGUCGCGUCUGCUCGGCCGUUUCGCUCUGGCAUUCUCCUAAGGGAAUAUAAUCCGACCCCAUUAGGAGGUCCUCCCAUUAACCGCGUCGGGACACGUCGCGGAAUGAGUCGCUCCUCCACCUGACUCCUCGCCGAAAUGGACCGCCCCCUGUAAACGAGCAUCUCCAUCGUUCUCAGGGCUACGGGCGAGUCGGCUCGCCUCGUCGAUUAAGAUCCAUUUAAUUGAUUGAACGCCGCUGGAACCUAAGUGCGAGAAACUUGGAGAUUACCGAGCACCGGCUGGAUAACCUCCGGGCGGAGGUUUUCACAUUUUUCCCUCGAUUUUCUUGGCUCUACUCCGUUUUCCUUCCCGGUUUGCUUUUUUUUUCGUUUUUUUUUAUUCCCCUCCGCUGAGAGUAGAACGUUGCUUACGCCGGGCAGUCGAAUCUGCUUUUGGAAAGACCAGUGACCGAAAGUGACUCUCUAACGUAUUGUGCAACGCCGCGUCGGGAAAGGACGAGCCGAGUUUAGCCGAGUUUAGCCGAGUCUUGCCGACUUUUCUCGGGGGGGUUUCCGUAAAGCUGGAAGGCCCAAGAAGCUUCGAGACCCCGUUCUCGCUACCGUAAGUCGACGGCUUUUCUUGCAGCGAUAAGUUCUGAGGACAUUGGCAAAUGAGGGUAGUGAACGAAAUUAUUCCGAUCAAGAGAGUCCUGGAAGUGUGGGAAGUGUAAACGAGAUCAAGGUUUGACGGAUCUGGAGAAUUCUUGAGUGAAGUUGUCGAAAAAGUGAAGUGCACAUCAGGUGGUGGCGUUCAGGUGAUUCCAAGUUGGCAUUCCAAAUGAAGGUGUGUUUAGGAUGAUGGUGGAGCGCGUCGAGGGCCACCUCUUCAUGUACCGACGUCCUGUCUACCGGGUCUUUCAGUAUCUCGAAACAACCGACCAUGAGGGAAUGAGCUCUGUGGCAGGAGAUGGAAGUGGCGUUCAAGCAGGCGGAGGUGGUAGGAGCACACCUCCGCAUGGAUCACCGACACCUAUGGAUAAGGCGACCUUGAAGGUCCAUCUCCCAAAUGGAGGAUUUAACGUGGUAAAGUUUGGAGACGCCAUUGACGUCAGAGGAAUCAUUUCUUUGGUGACCAGUCGACUCGCCGUUGGAACCAGACAUUAUCACAACCUUUACGCAAUGAGACUUCAUCAUCCAGGUUCUGGGGAAAGCUACUGGCUGCAUCAAGACACUACAAUGUAUCAGGUUCAAGAAAAAUAUGAAAGGAAGCAUCCUCAUAGUGAAUGGAGAUACGAACUGAGAGUACGUUACUUGCCACAAAACCUAAACGAUCUGUAUGAAAGGGAUAGAGUUACAUUUUACUACUAUUACGACCAGGUGCGCAAUGAUUAUUUAAACGCAAACCACGCCGCGUUAGAUCAAGACGUUGCGGUUCAGCUAUGCUGCUUGGAGAUUCGAUAUUUCUUCAAGGACAUGCCGCAAAUUGCUCUAGACAAGAAGAGUAAUCUUGAAUACUUAGAAAGGGAGGUUGGAUUGCACAAGUUUUUACCACGUUCCGUGCUUAAUGGCAUGAAGCCGAAAGCAUUGCGGAAGCUCAUACAACAGCACUUCAAAAAGGUUGCCGCAUUGACGGAAUUGGAGUGUAUGUUUAAGUUCUUCGAUCUCCUCCGUUCCCACUACAGAUUCGACCAGGAAAGGUUUAUUUGUGCGUUAGGGUCAAGCUGGUCUAUUCCUGUAGAACUAGUCAUCGGUCCAGAUCUCGGUAUCUCCUACAUGGCUCACCGAGGUGGGACAGUGCCAACGAGGAUGGCCGAGUUUUCUCAAAUCCAAUCGAUUCAAACUCUUGUAUCGGAUUGCAAGGAACAUGCCAAGGCUUGCAUUAAACUGAGAGUUGCUGGGGCAGCCGAGACUCUCAGCAUCACAUGUUCCAGCCUUGAUCAGGCAGAAAGCCUUGCGGACCUUAUCGAUGGUUACUGCAGAGUGGUCACUGAUAGCAACACCUCGCUUUGGAAUAGAAAAGAUGCUCAUCCACCGAAGUACAGGCAGGAUGGUACUGGCAGUCCGGAGAAAAACGCUGGCAAAACAGGAACCAUUUUAUCGGAAGAUUAUGCAGAAAUUGUCGACGAAGAAGGGGAUUACUCGACUCCAGCCACUCGAGAUUACGAGAUAGUUCGCAAUCAAGUGGAAUUGGGCGAGAUUAUAGGAGAAGGUCAAUUUGGAAAUGUUCACAAAGGGUCGUACAAAGGUCGCGAUGGUCAGACAAUCGCUGUAGCUGUUAAAACUUGCAAGAUCGACGCAGAUUUAGCAACUGCUGAAAAGUUUCUAGAAGAAGCUUAUAUUAUGCAGCAAUUCGAGCAUCCUCAUAUAAUUAGGCUAAUCGGCGUUUGUUCAGAGGCACCGAUAUGGUUGGUCAUGGAAUUAGCUAAGCUGGGAGAAAUGCGCGCUUAUUUGCAGUCGAAUAAGCAUCGAUUAGACCUCGCAACAUUACUUCUUUAUACAUUUCAACUGAGCACAGCGUUAUCGUAUCUAGAGAGCAAGAAAUUUGUACAUAGAGAUAUUGCUGCAAGAAACGUGUUAGUGUCAGCUCACAAUUGCGUGAAACUAGCUGACUUUGGACUUAGUAGGUGGGUGGAGGAUCAAAGUUACUACACCGCAAGUAAAUGCAAACUACCUAUCAAAUGGAUGGCUCCAGAAAGCAUAAACUUUCGCAGAUUUACAACGUCAUCCGACGUCUGGAUGUUUGGUGUAUGCAUGUGGGAGAUCUUAAUGCUGGGCGUAAAGCCAUUUCAGGGUGUAAAAAACAAUGAAGUUAUCCGAAAACUCGAAAAUGGCGAACGUCUUGCCCUGCCUAAUCACUGUCCCCCAAGACUUUAUUCUCUUAUGUCUCAGUGUUGGAGUUACGAACCCAGCAAACGACCCACUUUCAAGGACAUAAGGGAAAAUUUACAUGAGAUCCUAUUGGAGGAGAAGCACCAACAACAGGAAACUAUGAAGCGGGAAAAUAGGAGGGUGCAAGCUAUGUCUUGGGGAGCUGACGAAGUUCCACCUCCGAAGCCCUCCCGUCAACCGCAAAAUUCGACUGACCAGGCACUGUUGACAGCAGCUGCCCCGGUUUCGACAUAUAUCGUCGCCCAGAGUCCUGAGGUCCUAGCUCAAUUAUUGAAGGACAACCAAGCUAGGGGGAGGAACGCUCAAUCUCUGUUAUUCGAAAGUACGGAGACCUUCUAUCAGGGUGCAGACGAUGAACAGAAAUUAUUAGAGCGAAGGCUUUUGGAACAACAGCGACAAUCGGAAGAGGAUAGUAGGUGGCUUGCCAGAGAAGAAAAACGCCUGUCCAUUGCGACAAGUGGCGAUGAGAGUGCCAGUCCACCUGUUCCUAGGUCGGUAACCCAGUCACCUAGUCACGAGGGACCCCCCGCGAAUUCCGGCUCCCUGGGAUCCGACAAGGGCUCCGACAAAGUCAUCAUUCUAAAGAAGAUGGAACCUACUCCUACGGCGGAUCUGGACAGGACGAACGAUAAAGUGUACGAUUGCACCACGAGCGUCGUUCGAGCUGUCAUGACUUUGUCUCAAGGUGUUCAACAAAGCAAAGCGGAUCAGUAUCUGGACUUAGUACGGAAAGUAGGAGUCGAGUUACGAGAUCUACUUUCCUCCGUGGAUGCCCUCGUCCAAAUUCUGCCAGUUUGUGCACAUCGUGAAGUAGAGAUGGCGCACAAAGUCCUCAGCAAAGACAUGGCAGAACUUGUUUCCGCAAUGAAGCUAGCACAGAACUACAGUGCGACUACAUUAGACGCUGAAUACAGAAAAGGCAUGUUGUCUGCAGCUCAUAUUCUAGCGAUGGACGCAAAAAACCUGUUGGAUGUGAUCGACUCCAUUCGUGUCCGAUACCCUUACGUAGAUAACCAAAUUUGCCGAAGGCAGAGUGAGGUAAUUGUUAAUUCGCGUCAGUCUGCCUCGGAUACUCGAAUUCGUUCCAGCCAAUCUGGCGAGCAAUUGUUGAGAAGAAGUCAGUCGAGCGAAAGACAAGGAACAUUUAGACAAAGUCAAAGCGGAGAUCCUUUACACAGAAUGGGUCAGUCCGUCGACAGAGCAUUGCAGGGUAGCCAGUCCGACAUUAACGUCAUCUCUAAUGUGGACAAAAGGCAUCACAUGGUGACAAACAGUUUGGAGCGUAAUUCCACGACGAGGAGGCAAAUGGCAACUAAUAGCUUAGAAAGGAAACGACCGACAUUGUCGUGCAGCGUAGGUUCAGCGGGUAACGCGACGAAUCUUCCACCAAUCGGUCCGAUUUCUUGUAGUGCGGCCCAACCGGUCGGCCCCAUUGUUCACCCGAGUCACUCCACCGUGUCCGACGAAGACGAGUCACUCAUUUUUCCGACGAGCAAGCUCUACAAUGAGAUGUCCUCGAACGACAGCUAGCGUUAAAGUUUCGGAUAAUCAAGCCUAGAGCUCUCCAGUCAAAGAAAGUAUUCAACUUCCUGGAGAUACCUUAAGGUAUCACGGCAGACCCUUUAACUUUGAACUUUUCAAACCAAUGGCAUAUGCUUUAACGCUUUAGUAUCCUUAGCAUCGAGCCUUAUUCGUAGAUGUACGAGCGAGACAGACACUAUCAGGAAUUUCCGUCAUAGAUUAACGCAGUACAUAUCCUACGUAUAGUAAAGGACGUCGCGCGUAACGCUUUAAAUUUUAUGUAAAUACGCGAAAGGCGCUCACGUCUGCACAACUCUCGUUUAACAUUGAUUCUUGAGGUUUCGUUAUUACGGGAUAAAAUAAUGCUACAUUCAAUCAGGCGAACACGAUGUGCAUUCUCUAUGUGACAAUUAUGUUAGACGAUAACGUAAUUGUUGUGUCUCCGUAACUACGUUCUCCUGGUAAAAAUUUCUAACAAACGGACCACGCAGGAUCCAUACGGCUUGUAUAUAUAUAUCUAGGUAAAGUGCGUACACAUACUGCCGAACACUGCAUGUUUGCAUUCGUAUUUACACUUUGAUAAAGUGGUUUAUACUGUCUGACGUUCAAUAGGCUCUACUGUAGGUGAACGUGAGUAAAAUAGGUGCUCCGUAGUUGUAAGACCAAGCAGGUAAUGAUACAACGGUACGAUUUAAAGGAAACAUGAAACGUUAAGUUUUGCACGCAUAACAUUUCAUUAGAUAAUUUCAUAUAAUUCCAGUAGAUUUUGGUAGUAGGCAGAGGAAGAGAGAAAGAAAUACCGAGAGAGGUUCCCCUUUAUCUUAAACCGUUGUACCCCAAAAAGCUAUUUCUUACGUCAUGCUAAUAUGGAUCCAGGCGAGUCAUUCAUAUCAUGUAUGUGGGUUCCUGCAUAUUUUAUGUGCUACAUGGAUAAGUCAUUGAGAGAUCCAUAUAGGACAUCACAUAGUCCGAUUUUUAACUGCACGUUAAUUUUUACCAGGAUUGUGUUUACCAGAAAUGGACGAUGCCACCUGAUUAUAAUAGAGAAUUAAAUUAUACUCGCAACAUGAAUUCAUGUUCCAAGCGUAUCAAUGUUGAUGAAAUUCAAAUAGAUUAUCAAAACUGGAAGAAAAUUGAUAAUUAAAACUGCUAUAAGUAUGAAGAAGAUUAAAUAACAAAUCUAUCCGCUACGUUUACAAUGGUGGAUGACUAUUCGCACGUGAGCUGAUGCGGUGAAGUAAUACCCUGCACUUUUUGACAUCGUUUCUUAAAGGAGAGUGAAGGAUUGAAAUGCUCUUGUAAAUGAUUCUUCCAAUUUCGUAUAUCUGAUAUAAGAGGCCGACAUAUAUCUGAUCGCGUUCCGUUGUGCGUUACCAUAUAUAUAGUUCGCAUACGUUAAUGUAAAGGUAGGGACUUUACACGACAGUCGCUAUCCUACUUUCAGCGGACACCCAUGGAUUUAUGGUAUAUGGACCCUAUCCGCUAUUUUAAGGUGAAGUGAAACACGUCGAGGAACUCUAUCGACGUCGGUAAAAAAGAUCUUUUUAAAUACCUACGCUGCCGACGUUCGUUUUUAUAUCGACAGCUGGGUCGAAUUAUAUUGGACAUUGUACUAAAUGGCAUCUCCACGUGUUGUUUUCGUUCAAUAAUGAUAAAGAAAUCGAGGUAAAACUCCAGAAAUCCUCUGGAUUCAUGGUUUCUGAGGCCCUAAUUGACCGCAGAGGGACCUCUGCGCCAUCUGUGAUUUCUAUGUCAACUAAAUUCUCACUCGGAGACCUCGUAUUACCAUUGCUUUUGCAUAGCAGCCCAUAGAUCGAAAUGUGAGAGCUCGACGCUAUUCUGUCUCUAGUCUGGGCUAAGGUAAAGAGUUUUUUUAAAAGAUCCAA